UGUUUUCGCACUUAACCUCAAAAGAUUUGUUUUUAUAUAUUUUUGAAUAGAGGUAUAGUAUUAGUGUGGAUUAGUUAUUGAAAAAUGAAUUCCUUAAAAAUAUUAUUACGACGCAGAAAUGCUAAUUUAUUUUGUAACCGAAGCUAUGCCACGACGAAAAAGAAAAUAUCCGAUCCGAAUGAGGAGGAACAACUACCAAUAUUUCAGUACCCUGUAAGCAAGAGAUCAGAUAAACGGGUGUAUGUAUGGGGUUUGGCGGAGACAGGGGCGUUAGGUAUUCAUUUGCCCCGCGGCAAGCGAGGUCGCAAAGCUUACAAGAACAAUUUCACUCUGGCCUGGCACCCCAUGCGAUCUAGUUUUGCGGAACGAUUUGAUGUCACACAUGUAGCUUGUGGCUACGGUUUCACAGUGGCUUCAAUAAAGACGAAUGAGCAACACAAAGUGUUUGGUACUGGCAUCAAUACAGACUCACAGAUUGGCUACCAUGCACCUCGUGUUGGGCAUCCUUUGGAACUGUUGCUUAGUCCAGCACCUAUUUAUAUACCAUACAAGUCAUUAGAAACACAGAUCAGGGCUUUAGCAGCCGGCAGAGCCCACACAGUGAUCCUAACAGACACCGAAGGGGUGUAUACCCUAGGUAACAACGCAUACGGCCAGUGUGGUCGGAAGAUCAACCCUAGAGAGGAAUACAAGGGCAGUAUGGUGUCACACCAUAUCCGCCGGCUGGGCAAAGAGGAGAUCAUUGAUGUCUGUUGUGGGCAGGAUCAUACUCUGUUCAUAACAGAAAGCGGUCAUGUUUACGCGUGUGGUUGGGGCGCGGAUGGUCAAACGGGGCUCGGCUCUUAUGACUGCCAGGGUGUGCCGGCACCCGUGCGUGGGGAUAUCACGUCUGAGAAGGUUGUUAAAGUCGCCUCCACUGUCGAUUGUGUGCUCGCUCUUAAUGAUAAAGGCGAGUUGUUCGGGUGGGGCAACUCGGAGUACGGGCAGGUGCCGAUGGCGAGUCGUCAGAACCAGCAAGUCAACAUGUCCUACUCGUUGCUAGGAUUCACGCGCGGUCUUGGUCGGAUCGUCGACAUCGCUUCUGGAGGGUCUUUCUGUCUCAUUGUUAAUGAUCAAGGAGACGCCUUUGUCUGGGGCUACGGCCUUCUAGGACUGGGACCGAAUGUCCAGCAUGCAGCAAAACCGAAACUAAUCCCACCACCUUUGUUUGGGCGAAACGAAUUCAACCCUGAAUCGAUGGUGGUUAAGGUGGCUUGUGGAGUGGGCCAUCUUGCUGCCGUUACAAAUACUGGCGAUUUAUACAUGUGGGGACGAAACAGACAUGGUUGUCUCGGUCUAGGACAUGCAAAAGACCAGCAGUUUCCACUUAAAGUGUCAGUAGGUGCUCAUGUUCUAAAAGUGCAUUGUAGUGUAGACCAUACUCUUGCUUUGUGCAAGCCUUUUGUUUAGUUUCUAGUAAUAUUUAAUUUAGCUAAUGUUAUUGUAAUAUUAUAAGACUGUUAAAUAUAUGAUUUAGAAGUUAA